GUGUGUGUGUGUGUGUGUGUGUGUGUGUGUGUGAAUAAACUACAAUUAUUAUGAGUUGGCAGUCAAGCACACAAGAAUGGAAAAGAAUGAGGAUCUUUGGGGCUGGUAAUGUUGCAAGGAUGUUGCAGCAAGUACCAGUGCAUGAAAGAAGACAAGCAGCAGACUCAUUAUCAUCAGAGGCUCAUUGGAGAAUACAAGAUCCAGUUUAUGGUAGUGUUGGAAUCAUAAGCAUGCUUCAACACCAGAUCCACAUGGCUCAAAUAGAACUUGCCACAACUCAAGCCCAAAUAUCCAUCUACACCAAUCAUCAUCAUCAUCAACAACAACAACAACAACAACAACAACAGGAAACUUUAUCUCCAGAUUCAACAUUUAUGGAUCUCCAACAUCUGCCUGAUUUGUUAUAAAAAUAAUAAAAAUAAUAAUAAUGAACAAGUUCUUCCUUGGUUUUUAAUAAUAUCCUUUUAUUUAUCCUUGUUUCUGAUAGCAGUGCAAAAAAGGAAAAUUAGUAUCUUUGUACAUCAAUAAUAAGAAUAAAAAUUUAUGAUAGGAAAUUGAUUGAGAUAACAAGCAUGGAUAUACACUAAAGUUCUAUGUCAGGAAUUAGGAUAUACAAUGCUAUCAAUGACGGCGAAAGGGAAUGAAAAAAAAAA